AAAGGAAAAUCCCAUAUUUGUUUCAUGGGUUUGGGACUAGAGGUUGAGAAUGAGCUUGAAAAUAUAAGUGGCCUCCAUUCUCAAGUAACAAUACUAAGGGCAUCCACGAUAAGAGGUUUGUCAUUUUGCUCCAAAUGGCCCAUCUUUACCUUUUUUUAUUUUUUUUGGUUUUUUAAAUAAAUCUUGUUGGGGGCACAGUUUAUUUUUUAUUUGGAUAAAUUUAAUGAGUUGUAUUGACAGUGGGUCUCAUACAUAAACCUUUGAAUUGACAGUGGGUCUCAUACAUAAACCUUCAAAUUGACAGUGGGUCUCAUACAUAAACCUUUGAAUUUAUCUAUUAUUGAUGAAAGGUUUGUUAAGCGGGGAGUUUGUAUGAUGAUGAUGUGACAAGUGAACAAACCUCUAAGCAAGUAGGUUUGUUAAGAGUUUUGUUCUAUUGCUCAUGCCCUAAGCAAGCAAGUUUUAGAGAUGGAAAUAUUAAAUAAGGAUACUUUUGUAGAUUUGUAAUACUCCGAUAUAUCUUACAUUUUGUAAAUUUAUUAUACUUCUUAUUUACUAUUCUUAUCAACAUAAAGAUUUGAUCUUUUUUUUAAUAAAUUUCCAAUAACAAAUUCCCAACUUCACACAUAUUAAACUGCAAAUGCUCCUCCUCCUUACCAGCCCCGUCGCAUACCAGCUCUAAAAUGAUUUUUUUUUUUUUUUUCUAAAAGUCAUCUACUCUUUCCUUCCCUAAAUGAUCUUCUCGCUUUAAUUUCUUUUUUAGGUAUCCUAAAAUAUUGUUCUCAUUUCAUAUUUUUUCAUUUUUGAACACUAUGAAAAGAUUAAAUUAUCCUUAUUUUUUUGUUUUUUAUUUACUAAACUACCUAAAAUAAUCUCACAUUUUCUCUAAAUAUUUGUACCCGUGCAUGUAUUUUUUUUCUUCAUAUAUUUAUUAUUUGCAACCCACUCACAAUUCUUGUACUUUUCUCACUUUUUAAUAUACGAUGAGAUCAUUUAAAGACGAAAUGAGUAUUAAACAUGAUCAACUAACCAUAAACACGUAAUCUUAAUUUGUUUUGACGGUAAUUUAAAAGAAUAACUAGACCAACCUCGGAAUUCCAUACAUUCCCCAUAUAUGGGGUAAAAAAAAAAAAAAAAAAUUCUGAAUGAGGAAUCCCCAAUUUCCCAUAACUGAUUAACUCCAUACAUUUUCCCUGUACAGAAAUUUGAACAAGUGAACUCAUUCUCGCGCUCUUCCCACACCACCUCUCUCUCUGGCGCGCUCUCCUGCAGCAGAAUUAGCUGUUGCUCAGCAUCAAUGGCGGAUUUCGGAAGAAAUUACAGAGCUCAACCGCCUCGAACUUCAUCUGACUAUUCAAAUCAGACUGGUAGUAGUGGGGUAUGUAUGAUGAGCAACAAGUGGAAAGAAGAGCAACAUCCAUCCUUCAUCAACUUCAUCUCGACAUUCCUCAGUGCAAACUCUUUCCGGUUUAAUAUUGUCCCUAUUGCACCUGAUUUUAUUUUCAACUGUGGUGGAGUGUCAGUGGCUUUUGUCUUUGUCACUUCCUGGGAUUGCAAAAGCUCCACACAGAUGUAUAGCAGGGUACAUAAGCUGAAGGAACAAUUUGCAAACCUCUAUGUUGUUGUCACCCUCCCAACUAAAGAGCAAAACGAUUCUUUUGUUUGCUCUUACUUCAAGAGUGGAAUUGAUAUUGGGAGGCCUACAUUUUUGCCAGUUCUUGACUUGGAGAUGGGUUUUGAGAAAAUUGUGAAGAUUGCUCAUGCUCGUGGUGUGUGCAAGCAACAAGAUAUCAUAGCACGGAUGAAGGCUGAGAGGAAACAAGCUGUGGAAGGGAUGGAUGCUUUUCUCAGGGUGGUCACAUCUAUACCUGGCAUAGACAACCAUGAUGCAAACUCGCUCAAUCAAGCUAUUGGGUCUAUUGAAGCAAUAGCAAAAGCAUCAAAGGAGUAUAUUCUGGAAAACACCGACCUUUCAGCUGAGAAGGCAGAAACUAUUUGGAGAUUUUUCAGGGAUCCAAAGUACUACCUCAGUCCAAAAAUUAAUUGAGUGAAGAUAUCAAAUUAGAGGCAAUAGAAUGAGUGUGUAGUCGCGGAAAUUCUAAUCUACUAGCUACUUGAGGAAGAUGAAAAUUUGCCACUUAAGGAAGAAACUGUUGGCACAAAUUGACCAAAAUUUAUGCUGAUAAAUGUAUGUUUGACUUUUAUAACCUCUCUCUCUCUCAGUUUUGCUUCACUGUAAGAAGAAAUGGUUGAAUCAGACAAUGCACUAAGGAAGCUACCACCUAAUCUGGUGGACUGGGUUUAGCUAGAGCAUCAUUGUUUAAUACUUUAAUAGACAACAAUCUUCUACUUAGUAGUAGUUGUCAUAUUUACUAAUCAGAAUGAAUUAAAAAUGACGUAUCAUAUCAAACAAAACAUCUUUGUGGCUUGGAGCUCUUGUGUGUAGUGUGCAUGGAUAAAUGAACCAAUUUCUUACAUACACUCGGGUGUACGACGUAUCAAAGAGACUAAGACAUAGUAGUUCUUACU